CGCCAGCCCGCGCGCGCGCCCCCGCCGCGCCGAAUGUUGUGAAUCAAACGUGGGAUUCGUUCCAUUCCCCGGCCGCGGCGGACAGUUCUUAAAGGGCCAGCCGCGUCCUGCGCCGAGGAGGAGCUGGGCCGCGCGCGGGCCUCGCCGGGCGGACACAACAAAGAGCCAGGGCCCCGGAAGGCGCCGGGCUGCCCCCGGACAGGGGCUGGGUGGGGAGCGCAUUGUUCCCCCUCGGCCCGGCCUGGCCAGCCCAGACGGGGGAACAAAGGAGGCAACGUGCGGCCCGAGGGUUGUGAGCCCCGGCCCAGCCCCUCCACCCCCAUAUCCCUCUGAUGCGACCAUGGGCUCUGGCAGCAACUAGGUGGCCCCCGUCCACCCCUGUGGCUCCACGACGCAUCUCUGCAGGACCCCGCAGCACUGCAGGCCAGCUCUGGGGAAGUCCUACCAGGGCCUCCUCUCUGUGGUGCAGCCCCGGCCACCAGGGCCGCCUGGCCAGCCCGCUUGCCCAGGAUGAGCGCUUCCCCUCCCAGCAGCCACUGCCCCGGCCGCCACACCUCCCCGUAGAGGAGCGCCGAGCCUCGGCUCCUGCCGGCGGGAGCCCCCGAAUGCUGCACCCGGCCACCCAGCAGAGCCCGUUCAUGGUCGAUCUCCACGAGCAGGUGCAUCAGGGACCUGUCCCUCUGUCCUACACGGUCACCACCGUGACGACCCAAGGCCUCCCGCUGCCUGCGGGCCACCACGUCCCCGGCUGCAGCGCCCAGCAGCUCCCAGCAUGCUCCGUGAUGUUCAGCGGGCAGCACUACCCGCUCUGCUGCCUCCCGCCCCCUCAGCUGAUCCAGGCAUGCACUAUGCAGCAGGUCCCUGUGCCCUACCAGGCCUACCCCCACCUCAUCUCCAGUGACCACUACAUCCUGCACCCGCCACCGCCGCCGGCCCCGCCCCCCCAGCCCGCCCACCUGGCGCCGCUGGGGCAGUUUGUGUCACUGCAGACCCAGCACCCGCGUCUGCCCCUACAGCGGCUCGACAGCGACGUGGACCUGCGCGGGGACCAACAUCCCCUGGGGAGCUUCACCUACUCCACCUCCGCCCCUGGCCCGACCCUGUCCCCUUCCGUGCCCCUGCACUACCUGCCCCAUGAGCCGCUGCACCAGGAACUGUCCUUCGGCGUGCCGUACUCCCACAUGAUGCCUCGAAGGCUGGGCACCCAGAGAUACCGCCUGCAACAGCCGCUGCCCCCGCCACCUCCGCCCCCGCCCCCACCGCCUUACUACCCCAGCUUCCUGCCCUACUUCCUCUCGAUGCUGCCGAUGUCGCCCACAGCCAUGGGCCCCUCCAUCAGCCUGGAUCUGGACGUGGACGAUGUCGAGAUGGAGAACUAUGAGGCCCUCCUGAACCUGGCCGAGCGCCUGGGUGACGCCAAGCCCCGCGGCCUCACCAAAGCGGACAUCGAGCAGCUCCCGUCCUACCGCUUCAACCCUGAUAGCCAUCAGUCUGAGCAGACGCUGUGCGUGGUCUGCUUCAGUGACUUUGAGGCCCGGCAGCUGCUCCGUGUCCUACCUUGCAACCACGAGUUCCACACCAAGUGUGUCGACAAAUGGUUAAAGGCCAACCGGACGUGUCCCAUCUGCCGGGCCGAUGCCUCCGAGGUGCCCCGGGAGGCCGAGUGAGGCCCCACGGCUGCCCAGGAGAACCCUGCCUGAAGCCUUGGAAACUCGGGGGGUGGGCAGGGACGGGUGGGGGGAGGACCCGAGAGGGGAGUUGGCAGAAGCCUGCCCCGUCACCCUCCCCCCUGCUCGCACCCCUACCUGCAUCUCCAGAGCUGGUGCCAGGGUCUGCCCCACAAAAGCCCCUGCAAUAAGCCCUGCAUUUGCCAAGCUCCAAA